UAGUUCAUCUGAUCUAUCGAGUUGCGAGACGAGUGAGAGAGUAGAUAGUAGAUACUUCAUAUUAGUGCUAGUAUUAGUUGUAUGGAAUGGGUUCGUUUAAAAUAUGUUAGUGAUUUCAUUUAAGAAAAUUUAAAAAGGUAAACUAAAUGUGAUACCAUGAUUUAUUUGUAAAUUGCGGUUAACUAAAAGUGGGGACCCACUUAUUUGUGCAUUUACAGUUAUUCGCGUAACACGUAUUUUGUGCAUAGAGUUCGAGCAUUGAAUUAGGCCACAUAGCGAUCUCUCCCUAAAAUACCGCUGUUCUGGCUGUCGAGUGUCGACGUAGGUAUCGAGACGGGCCAGCAAGUGAGUGCUAUGUCUUGUUAAUAAUUGCAAAUUAAAUUGGACUUAACAGAUUAGAUUGGUGAUUAUAAAUUAAGUGAGGCGGGAGAGUGAUGAACAAAAAAGGCCGCGAGUUAAUGUGAUGUCAUCAAAAGGGGAAACAGAGGCCGACUCUGGCACCGUGUCGCCAAAUCUUGCUGCUGUUAAAAAUGAACCGACGGUGGCAGCACCUAGUAAAGAAACUCCAAAGCGGGGCAGUGGUACAUUACUUAAAUGUACCACUUGCAAUAGUUUUAGUACCUUAAGCACACGGGCUUUAAAUACACAUAUGGCGCAGUGUUCACCGGAUAACAAUAAUGUGGCCGCAGCUCAGAACACCGACACGCGGCCACACAGAAAGCUCUUCGAGUGUGAUGUGUGCAAUAUGAAAUUCUCAAAUGGCGCUAACAUGCGCCGACAUAAAAUGAGACACACCGGCGUAAAACCCUACGAAUGUAGGGUGUGCCAGAAGAGAUUUUUCCGCAAGGAUCAUUUAGCCGAACACUUUACAACUCACACCAAAAGCUUGCCAUACCAUUGCCCGAUUUGCAAUAGAGGAUUCCAACGACAGAUCGCGAUGCGUGCCCACUUCCAAAACGAACACGUGGGACAGCAUGACCUCGUUAAAACUUGCCCGCUUUGUAGUUACCGUGCGCCGACAAUGAAGAGUCUCAGAGUUCAUUUCUUUAACAGGCACGGUAUCGAUCUCGACAAUCCAGGUCCCGGCAAUAACUCUGUUUCCCUUCUCGCUGCUGGCAUCGCAAAUGCCGCAUACGCCGAUGGUACAAUGGACCCUAGCACACUGAAUGCACUCGGAGCUCUUGGCUCUGGACUAUCCGUAUCGGUUGCGGCAGCUUACUCCGACAGUGGAGAUAGUAACGGCGAAAGAUCUGUUGACAAUGCAACGCCACCUAUGCACUAUUUGACCCCUCAUGUCGAAAUAUCUAUGGCAGAUAAUAAUGACACCUUCUCUCCAGGGCAAACAAACCACAUGAGUAAUUCAGAGUCCCGUAUGAACGGCGAAGGUCCGAGCUCACCGCAGUCCGGCGACAGCGCUGUCGCCAGCAGCUCACUCUCUGCAGGCCUUCCCACUAACAUCACCCCGUCCAUCACGCUCAUACCUAUCAAGCAAGAACCAAAUGCUCAAGACGAGUCGAACUCCGGCGAGCAAGGCGACGCGAACAGCGGCGACAAACGUGACGUGUCGUCGAGCCUCCCGUCCCUUAUCAAAGUGUCGCCGCUCAAGAGCCUCUUGCGGGAAGACAUACGCCGCCGAAUCUCUGCCCGCGGACGGACUCGCGGUUCCAAUGCUUCUCGAUCUUCUCCGUGCGAAGGCGGCGUGAUAACCUCAACCCACGGUGAUGCCGCCCUACUACCCUCCUCGCUCGUGUGCACGUUCUGCUCCAUCACGUUCCCGGACUCGACGCUCUACUUCCUGCACAAGGGCUGCCACUGCGACUCCAACCCGUGGAAGUGCAACAUCUGCGGCGAACAGUGCUGCAACGUGUACGAGUUCAACUCCCACCUUCUCAGCAAGAGUCAUCAAUGACUGUUUGCAGGGGGGACGUCCGAACACUGACUUUGAACGAUGCACUGUGUAACUACGCGAGCGCUUCGAAGGUACUUCUUCACUUUUCGUUUCCUCUCCCUCUCUCCCUACGAACGUUUCCUAUGUUGAAGUGCUUCGAAUAUGCUAACGCUAACGUCCCCCCGAAGCUAAUGAAAGUGCAAAUUCGAGAAGUUUAUAAUAUGGUUAUUGUAGGUAAAUGAGUGAAGAUAUUUUUAUGGAUAUUUUAGUACUUAAUUGUUUGCGGUUUUAAUUAGCGUCGAUUAUAAAAAAAAAGUUUGGGACCUGUUAUGGUUGAUGUUUUUGGAAAGUUUCAACAUUCCAAAUUGUAACGAAUGCAUUCCAUUUGAUGAGAUUGAUUAUAUGAAGCCUCUGGUGGGGAAAGAAGUAAUACUUAUUUGUUAUCUUAAAAAGAUUUUAUUUAUUAAUUUAAUUAAUUUCAAGUGUGUACUUAAACGUACAGAGAGUUUUACAAAACAAUAUUUAUAGUAUAUUAUGUGGUGCGAUAGUAAAUUUUACAAAUGUUUAAAAGAGAUGCAGAUAGUGUACAAAUUAAUAUAUUUUUACAUUUCACUA